UUCUUGUCUUCGCUGCAGUUGGACUGUUGGAGCGCCCGAUGCGUCGGCGUCCGGUAAGCUGUUAGCAGCCGCCGCCGCUCGCGGCACGCCGACCCCGCCUCCGCGACUGCAGCCGCCUCAGUCCCAUCGGCUCCACUUUCGCCUACUCCUCGGCACCCUCAACGCCCCGCCCAGGUGGAGGGCGUUGGAUCGGUCACAAAGGCUACGGAAAGGAUCGAUUCGUCCUCCUCGAUUGCCGGCGACCACCGGCUCCGAUAAUCGCCAUGUCCCUCCACCGCCCCAAGGAAACACUCAAUCCCUGCUCUUCCUCCGCGCACGUCCAACAUCGACCUCGGUCGCCUCCUCUCCCUCCACGGAGGCCCCCGAAGACCUCCCUCUCGCAACAGCUACUCCGCCUCGAGGCCUCCUUCCCCGCCGGCGCCCCGGCAUCGUCCCCACCCAAACCGCUGAGCCAGAAGACAGCGGAGGAUGCGGCGGAAGUACCGACGUCCUCGUCGGAGGAAGACGUGCCUCCCCGCCCCCAGCGCCGUCCGCCCCCGCAACCAGCGUCCAGCCUUGAGUCCCGCGGGCCCUACGAGCCACUUGUGCUCUCGCAGCCCGGAGAACACCCCGUCGUCCAGGUGCCCCCAUCAAUAAAUUGCAGGCUGCUCGCGCAUCAGAGGGUUGGUGUGAGGUUCUUAUACAAUCUGUAUAGAAACAACCAUGGAGGUGUGCUUGGAGAUGACAUGGGUUUGGGAAAGACCAUUCAAACAAUAGCUUUUUUGUCCUCUGUUAUCGGAAAAGACAAUGACAAUGGUGAGAAAUCAACAGACAAAGGAAAGAAGACCGGUCCUGUACUCAUCAUCUGUCCUACAUCAGUAAUUCGGAAUUGGGAAAAUGAAUUUGCUGAGUGGGCAAGUUUUUCUGUAGCUGUUUAUCAUGGCCCAAAUCGUGACUUAGUUCUUGAAAAAAUUGAAUCUCAAGGACUUGAGGUACUCAUUACCAGUUUUGAUACUUUUAGGACUCGUGACAAGCUUUUGUGUGCCAUCUCAUGGGAACUUGUGGUGGUUGAUGAGGCACACCGUCUCAAGAAUGAAAAAUCAAAGUUAUAUACAUCAUGCUUGGGAAUUAUCACUCAAAGGCGUUUUGGUCUCACAGGAACCAUAAUGCAGAAUAAGAUAAUGGAAUUAUUUAAUGUGUUUGACUGGGUUGUACCUGGUUGCUUGGGGGAUCGAGAACACUUUCGAGCAUAUUAUGACGAGCCCUUAAAACAUGGUCAGAGGUUAAGUGCUCCUGAUAGAUUUGUUCAAGUUGCCGAUGAGCGCAAGAAGCACCUUGUCUCUGUUCUACGGAAAUUCUUGUUGAGAAGAACAAAGGAGGAAACUAUUGGACAUCUUAUGCUUGGUAAGGAGGAUAAUAUAGUUUUCUGCAGAAUGAGUGAUGUUCAAAAGCGUGUUUAUAGAAGAAUGCUGCAACAGCCUGAAAUACAGAUCCUUGUAAAUAAGGAUCUCCCCUGUAGCUGUGGAAGUCCUUUUGCUCAGGUUGAGUGUUGCAAGAGAAUCGAGCCAAAUGGCAUUAUCUGGUCUUAUCUCCACAGAGAGAAUCUGGAGGGCUGUGCUUUAUGCCCCUUCUGCCUUGUUCUUCCUUGCCUUGUGAAGCUUCAGCAGAUUAGUAACCAUCUGGAACUGAUAAAGCCCAAUCCAAAGGAUGAGGUUGAGAAGCAGAAAAAAGACGCUGAGCUUGCAGCUGCUGUGUUUGAUACAGAUAUUGAAUUAGUUGGCGGUAGUGCUAAAAGUGAAAACUUCAUGGGUCUCAGUGACUCUGAACAUUGUGGAAAGAUGCGUGCACUGGAAAGACUUCUGUCUUUGUGGGCAUUGCAGGGUGACAAGAUUCUUCUUUUCAGCUAUUCUGUCAGGAUGCUUGACAUACUAGAGAAGUUUCUUAUAAGGAAGGGUUAUUGCUUUUCUCGCUUUGACGGGACAACACCCAUGAAUGCACGCCAAUCACUAGUUGACGAGUUUAACAAAAGCCCUAGCAAACAGAUUUUCCUUAUAUCUACUCGGGCAGGUAAUUUAGGUGUGAACCUUGUCAGUGCUAACCGUGUAGUGAUAUUUGAUCCUAGUUGGAAUCCUGCACAAGACUUGCAAGCACAGGACAGAUCCUUUAGAUAUGGACAGAAACGACAUGUCACAGUGUUUCGGCUACUUGGAGCUGGUUCCCUUGAAGAACUCAUUUAUUCUCGACAAAUAUAUAAACAACAGCUUUCCAACAUUGCAGUCUCAGGGAAGAUAGAAAAGCGUUAUUUUCAAGGUGUGCAGGAUGACAAGAAAUUUCAGGGCGAGCUCUUUGGGAUCUGCAAUCUGUUCCGUGACUUGUCUGAUAAGCUUUUCACUAGUGAGAUUAUUGAGAUGCAUGCAGAACAUGAUAAGGGUCAAACGUCCGAGUCAACAGGGAUAAGAGAAAUAGUUGACACUGAUUUAUUUGGUACACAUGAGAAAAUGAAACCUUCUGUGGCAGCAAUAGAUGAUGAAAAUCAGACAUUGGCUCGUUGUGGAAUAGUAUAUGCUCACCGUAAUGAGGAUGUUGUGAACACGAGGACAGACCAAAACAGCGAAAGAAUUGGUGCUGCAACAGAUGAAUGUGUCCAGCAAAGUAAGGACCAGAUAAAGCAUAGGGCUAAAUCUUGCUCAGUGGAGGAGCACAAACGGAAGGAGUUCAGUCGUGUUGCAACUUGUAUGGGUAUGAAUGACCUUGAGUUCAGCACGUGGUUGCUAUCCGUCUCGCCUCUGCAGCGACAGCAAGUACUGGACAAUUAUAGGAAGCAAAAGAGUCAUAAAUGAUGCUAGCUAGGAGUUUUUUCUUUCGUUAUAUUUCGAAGACACCCAGAUUAUUUUUAGAGUGAAGGCAAUCAGAGCUAGUGUGGAGCUUUCACAUAUCGUUGGCUCUAUAUAAAGCUGUUCUAUCGUAUUUU